UAGGGACCGCCGACAUAGCAAGGAGGAUCGGGCUACCGGGCUGCCUACGACGACGACGUCAUCUUGAGUGCGACGAGGGAAGGACGAGGAAAAACGACGACGACGAGGCCAUGCCGGCGCGCAAGUCGGACCACCGUAAGAGCGUGGGCGACGCAGGAGGUCCCAUAGCUGUCACCGCCACGCCCGGCGCCGAGAGCGCCGCGACGCAGCAACCACAAGGAUCGUCACCCGCGGCCGGGGCGGCGGCGGCGGCGGCAGGGGCAGGUGCCGCGCCGGAGCGGAAGGAAAAGGAGGCCAAGGAUAAGGACCACAAGGAUAAGGAUGCUGUGACAAUCGAGGACCUCACGCUGCCCAAGUCCAUCAUCACGAGACUGGCUAAGGGGGUCCUUCCUCCGAACACGCAGAUCCAGGCCAACGCCAUCCUCGCCAUGAGCAAGAGCGCCACGGUGUUUAUCAACUACCUCGCCUCCCACGCAAACGAGCACACCGUCAACGCCGGCAAGAAGACGGUGCUGCCGGCGGAUGUGUUCAAGGCCCUGGACGACACUGAGUUUUCGUUCCUGCGGGAGCCUCUCGAGGCUGAGUUUGCCAAGUUCAACGCCAUCAAGACGGAGAAGCGCACGUCGUACCGCGCCAAGGUCAAGUCGACAGGCAAGGACGAGGCGGUCAAGCGGCAACCGCCCUCAGAGGACGCCGACAUGGCCGACCAGACGGCAAGCGCCGCCACAGCCCACGCGCCCGACACCAUCGUCUCCGCCUCGUCCGGGCAGGCACCGCAUCGUGCCAAGAAACCGCGCGUGGACCGUGACGCGACGGAGGAUGAGGAUGAGGACGAUGAGGACGACGACGACGCGGACCAAGACGAGCACGAGGGGGCCGAGGACGACGAGGAAGACGAGAUCGAUGAGGAAGACGACGAGGACGAGGACGACGCCGAGGGGGGAGGGCGCGGCAGCGGGGACGAGACGCAGGAUGCGCUGGAGGAGCGCGAGGCGGGAGACGAAGGCGACGAGGCGAUUGACGGAGAUGAGAGCGACUAGGUCGGUCUCCGGGGGCGGCAAUGACUCGACUUGACUCGACAUAUCCUGAUGUCCCGAUUCUUCCCCCAUGUCGAGACAACAGAUGAGCGAUGCAAUCCUUACUGAACCGCCUACCCUGGGGGUCUAUCGGCUUCCCUGUUCGCGUCCGACCUGAUCGUUGUCGUCCAGGACAGCCCCGUCGCCCCCACGCCCGGGUUAUCCAACCCUCUUCCAGGAUCCGUCCAUCCCCCAUCCGGCCUCUUGCGCGCAAAAACCCCGUACGGACCACCAAGGGGGGUUCCAUGUAUACCGUCCGCUUCGCUCGGUCAUAGUACAUGGACACAGGUGCGCCCGCUUCGGCAGUCCGCCCCCCGGCGUCCCGUACAUGACUACAAGAUACUAUAUGCCCAUGACUCGAGGCGCCUCAUCUAUCCCUCGCUAUCCGCCCGCGCCGUCGUCGGUCAUCCUGUCCGUUGGGUUCUACAACACUACGACAGGACACGACAGGACAGGACGCGACGCGACGCAGCGCAACGUGAUGCGAUGCGAUGCGACGUGACGUAACACCACCACGGCAUGGGCUUCGGCGGUGCGCCGGGGAGAAAGGGGGGCAGGGGGGGCAGCAGACAUGCUGUUCACACAGGACACAUAAGCACAUGCCAUGCCCACCAUCGUCGCCGCUGAGAGUAGUGAGUAGUGGGUAGUAGUGGCAUGUGGUGGGUAGUACGAGCACCGCUUUGGCAAACCACCCGACCUCUUUUUUUUUUUUUUUUUCUUGUUUUCUUUUCUUGCUGCUGUGCGACAGACGGACGGACGGACAGACAGACACGGCCAUUCGGGGCGAGGGCGGCAACUUCUUUUUGUUCUUGGCGGAGAUUAUUGGGCGUUGUGUUCCGGAGUUUUUGUGCGGUGAUGGUGACGGUGACGUAGGUAGUCUGUGGUUUGUUGUAAAAGAUGUGUACCGUAUAUAUACCUACCUAUGCAUG